AAUCGAAGCCGUAGGCGUUGUUGUCGUAUAAUUGAAUCCAAGCAGCACUGACAUAUACGUCAACGAGUUCAGAGCUGUCAAUGGAGCAGAGGUUUCAUUUCAGUUAUAUUAGUUCAGCUAGCAGGCAAACAUCACUGCUGAACGAAAAAAAUAAAUCGAAAACGCACAAUCAUGAGUUAUCACCAGAACAAUAGAUCCGCGAGUGCUUAUGACCACUAUGGUUUCGGUAAUAUUGAUAAUCGGACUGAAGAUAAUUCGCGGAGCUCCUAUUCGCAGGAGCCGAUUAACAACUACGAGUUUGAUUGGAGCUCCAUUGGAUUGGACGAACAUCAAUCUGCCAUUAGGCAGGAUCAGCUGAGCCAGACCCUUACCGAUAAUGUGAUACAACCAGAGAAUAUGGUAAACCGGGAUGUACCUUUUUCGAGGAUUGCUGCAGAAGCAACAUUGCAGACUCAAUCGCAGGGUCACAAUCAGCAGACUAAAGCAGAACCAUCAAUGAAGAAAGAGGAAAACCAGAAUUCCGCUGCGGAUCCAACUCGAGAUCGAAUGACUAUUCCUCCCAAGCUGGAUUCGAUGCCUACGGUUAACGAUAAUCCGUUUCUAAACGCAUUUGAAUCUCUGUUUGAUGGUCAAGAGGAGUUGGCUCAGCCAAAGAAAUCGAAGGCAUCACGAUCCAAGCUAAAGAAAAAGAAAAAGUCGAAAACCGAACCUGGAAAGCUAAUUAAAAAAGACGAUGAGUUACCAACUACAUACCGUUGUAACAAAGAGCAGUCAACUGAUAUACAAUUCAAUACGAAUAUCAAUUCUAACAUUUUUGGUAUUCCCACAGAUAAAAAUAGUAAUUUUUCACAUUUUUCGAAAAAGUCUAGUGAUAGAAAGACACAGCCAACUGAUAUACAACAGAAUACGAAUUUCAAUUCUUCUAUUUUUGAUAUUCCCAGCGAUGAAAACAGGAAUUUCCCACAAUUUUUAAAUAAGUCUAGCGAUAAAAAGACAGAGGCAACUGAUAUACAACAGAAUACGAAUAUAAAUUCUUCUAUUUUUGAUAUUCCCAGCGGUGAAACCAAGAAUUUUGAACAAUUUUCAAAUAAGCCCAGUGGUAAAAUAACUCAGCCAACUGCUGCACAAUCUAACCGAAAUGCAAAUUCACUUUAUGACAUAAGCGAUACAAACAUGGAUGUAGAGCAAUUACCAACCACUUCCAAUGGUAUAACCAAUCCGCCAACUGAUAUAGAAUCUAAUAUGGAUAUUAAUUCUGUUUAUGAUAUAAUUGAUGAUUUAAAUUUGGAUUUUGAUGAACUACCAACUACUUCCGGUGAUACAGCAACACACCCAAUGGACGUACAGUCUAAUUUGGAUUCUAAUUCCGCAUAUGAUUUAAUUGGCGACAUAAAUAUGGAUUUUAUUCCAUAUGAAAGAACAUAUAGGGCACCUGCGAAGCCAACUAGAGGAUCCAUAUACAAGAUCAAAAAGCCCAGGCCCGUCAAAAGAACCAUUAAGGCACCAUCAAAGCCCAGUAUUGCCCAGAUGUUGCGGGAGGCUGCCAAAAAGGAAAGGGCGGCUGCAAGACCUAAGAGGCAGAAGAAAACCAAGGCGACCACAGAAUCUACAGUUUCAAAUUUUCCUAACUUUAAUCUGUCGCCUGCAGUCCCAUUUGAUCCACACAAUUUUCAGGAAAAUUAUGACGAUGUCAUGCUGCAGGAACCCACAACCGAAUUUAAUAUCCCCAUUGAAACCGAGAAUUUGAUGCCAACGAUUCCGCAGAUUCCAACAGUUCCAACAAAUGUACCAGUACCAUCAAUUGGAAAGGUAAUUAAGCCUCCAGCCAAGCGUGCUUACACGAAGAAAGCCGAUAAGGCCAAGAAUACAAAUAUGAAUAUACUACAAGAAAAUCAUACCGAGGUCAUGGUGCAAGAACCUACUGUACCACCUGAACUUGAGGAGCCCGUUGAAACUGAUAUUGGGAUGCCACCGAAUCCUCAGGGUCCAACAGUGCCACAUCUACCAAUACGAUCAAUUGGAAAGGUAAUUAAGCCUCCAGCCAAGCGUACUUACACGAAGAAAGCCAAUAAGGCCAAGAAUACAAAUAUGAAUAUACUUCAAGAAAAUCAUACCGAGGUCAUGGAGCAAGAACCUACCAUACCAACUGAGUUUGAGCAGCCCGCCGGAAGUGAUAGUGGGAUCCCACCGAUUCCGCAGAUGCCUACAGCUUGUGUUGCUCCGAUCGACAAGGUUAGCAAGCCCAAGGCUCCUAGAAAGAAACCUGUUAAGAAGGUUCCGCAAGAGGAUAUACCCAUUGGAGUUCCGCCAGAAGGAGAAACUCCUCAAAUCGCUUCCCAGGCACCUCAGCCCAGAGCCAAGCGAACUUACAGGAAAAGAUCCAAUAAGACCGUGGAUACAAAUAUACUGCAAGAAAAUCAUACCGAGGUCAUGGUGUCAGAACCUACUAUACCAAUUCAACACGUAGAGCCCGUCGGAACUGAUAUAGGAAUCCCCCCGAUUCAGCAGAUUCCAGCAGUUGCUGUUCUUCCGAAUUUAUCUAUACAACCGAUUGACAAGGUAGUCAAGCCCAAAGCUCCUAGAAAAACACCUGUGAAGAAGGUGCCAAUUCAGGAAUCGGGCACGGAUAUUCUUUCUGAGGUAUCGCCGGAAGGAGAAACUGCUCAAAGCAAGCCAAAGCCUAAACAGCGAGCACCUAGGGUACCCAAAGAACCUAAGGCGCCAAGGGUACCAAAGACACCUAAAGUACCAAAGGCACCAAAGGUACCGAAAGAACCUAAGGUACCAAAGGCACCUAGGAUACCGAAGAAACCUAAGCCGCCCAGGGUACCCAAAGAGCCUAAGCCACCCAAAGAGCCUAAGGCACCUAGAGUACCCAAGGUACCCAAAACUCCUAAGGAACCAAAAGUAUCAAAGAUCCAAGCAGCAAGACAACCUAAGGCAUCCAUAAAAAAAACACUGAAUAGUGUACAGGUACCGCCACCCAUUGAGCCUAUGUCUCUAGAAUCAACCAUCGAUCCCAUGCUCGCAAAUAAUCCCACUUUCAUGAAUACUAUAUCUAUGCCUGUACUAUCAACAAUUUGCGAAAUACUCAUUCAGGGGCCGAUAACACCCAUAUCUCCAAUUAGAUCUCCUCCUCCGCACAUCGUAGAGAACUUCAAUAUGUCACAGUCCUGCGAAAAUCCUCCGAACUGGACGAUCAGCUCAUGCGAGGCCACUCCAAGGUUUCCAGCAAAUGACAAGAUGAAAAAGAGCCAGGAACCGAAGAUGCAGGCAGAAAAAUCAGAAAUAUCAAGUGUUAACGAUAGCGGGACAGUUCAAAACACUACUAAUUCAAACAGCUCGAUUACGCAAGGUCAUGUGCGAUCACCAUCAAAAUCCCUAUCCGUAUCUCAAUGCGUAUCUAGGCAUUCACCUCGUUCAUCAUCAUCAAGUUCUUCAUCAAGCUCAUCGUCAAGCUCUUCAUCCGGGUCCUCCAAGUCGUCCAGUUCGUCUUGUUCGACAUGCUCGACCUGCUCGACCUCCUCGAGCUCCUCGAACUUUUCCGACUCUCCCAUCCCUACGGGACAUUCACGAUCACGUGCUCGGCAUCAUCGACCGUCCGCUUUUAAAAAAAAGUCGGCCCCACUUUUGGAUGAGCCAAUUGAAUCAAAUGCAAAAAUAAAUGUACAGUUGGGUCAACCAACCCGUCUGGACUCACCAUCGCCACCGAACACGCCCGAGCACAUGUGUAUCACAUUUGAAGAGCAUUUGAAAAACCUGGCAUCUGUGCAGAUUCGGCCUAUAUCGCCUAUAUCAAAGCACCCAUUUGAUGAUUUCGAGUUCAACUUGCCAGCGCCCAUGCUGUCCGAGGAGUCAUCCAGUUCUUCUUCGUCGGAGAGCGAUCAUGAAACCAAUGUAAAUUGUCAGAGGACACCAACAUCUCAAGCUGUUGUACAACUGGUACCGCCACUUAAACCAUUCGAGAAAAAUCUUCAAAAAACGUCCUUCAGAGAGCCCAGCCCAAUUCAACCACAUUUUAAUGCUUGUAAACCUGAAGCUCCUCUAGUACCUGCUUCCAGAUCAUCCAAUGGAGCCGCACUUGGGUCCUGCACUCCAAGAGCUGUGGGACGUGCUUUAAAGAUUUCCGAUUCCGGGAGUUCUGAAUAUUCUGCAGGUGUAAGGCGCCCAGAGUCGAAACUAAUGAAUCAAGCAAAGAAGCGGAAGGCUAUGAAACAGAUUCAUGAAGCGGGUAAUGUUGGUAUAAAUUAUCAGAAAGAGGUUUCGCAAGACACAAGUGAAAUACCCUUGAUAAAAAGUGCUACUGAAUUAUACAUUCCAAUGGAAAGAAAUUCUGGGCCGCAGUUGCCUAUUCCGAAUCCCAUUGAUGUGCCCAAUUCUAAAGUUUCUUUACCGAUUCCUGUAAAUUUGAAUUACAGCUUAGAAAAAGAAACAUCUAAUGCUAUAAUGGUAGAACCAUUUAUAAAGCCAAAUAAACCAGUCAUAAAUUUUCUAUCCCCUAUGAAUGCACCAAAAACAAAUUUAAAUUACCCCACUGUAAGGGGCAAUGUUGAAACCAACCAAAUAACAAAACAAUCUGAUGUACUAAUAGGAAUGGAGGAGUGCAUUAAAAUCCCUGAGCCCAAAGUAUCUCUACCGAUGGAUCUGAAUUCGAUUGAAGAAGUGGAUGAUAAGAUAAGUAAUCGCAAAAUUGUUGAACCAAUAAGCAAGGCCUUAAAAGUGCUGCAUAAGCACAAACCAUUGAGGACCCCGAAGAAAAUCAGAGCACCGAUACAAAAACCUUUGAAAGACAUUUCUAAUAUAACUGGUAAUUCAGUAGAUGUGGUGGAAAACCUUCCCGAGACUCAAUUAGCAGGACUGCCAAUCCAGCAGACCACUUCUAAGAUUUUUCUACCGAUGACUGUUAAUUCAAUGAAAGAACCAGAGGAUAAUGGAUGUAAUCCAAAAAUGAUGGUAAAACCGGGCACCUAUAUGAUAGAUGAGCACAACAAACCUUGGACCCCAAAUUGCCAAGGACACGAAUCGCGGAAGUUGAAGGAAAAUUCACUGAAUGGAGCUAUGACAAAACAUCCUGAGACACAAUUCACAAUUAAAAAGCCUUUUAAGGAUUCGGACUGCGAAGUGUCUCUACCGGUGGCUCUGAACUUCAGUCAAGAACCAGAUGUUAAGACAAGUUGUUCAAAUAUAUUUGAACCUAUGAACAAGACCUUGAAACUGGUAAAGGAAGCACAAAUAUCAAGGUCUCCAAAUAAAGUUAAUAAAACGAGGAAUAACAAUGCAAAGGACCAGGAGCCUACUGCAAAUUCUAGUUUGGCAGAUAAUCCAUACAAUCAGGUAGUAAAACAAUUCCAAUUGGAAUUGUCAAUCCAGAAGACAGCAUCAUCUCUCGCGAUGGUUCCAAGUUCAAUAAAAGAUACAGAACUUAAGCCAAGUAAGGCUGACAUUGUUGAACCAACUGAAUCUGAACCGGGCGCUAGCCCGAAUAGUUCUAAGGCCAGUAUUCUUAAAACUCAUUCUACCAAAAAGCGUAAGUCGUCAAAAAAGGCAAAGCUCUUUAACUCUAAUAUUUCUGAAUCACAAGGAAAAUGUCCUAAUAGUCAAAUGUCGGCACAGCCCCGAAAAUCAAUAAGCGAACAAGAUUUUAAAUCGUCUGUAUGCAAUAUUACUGCACCCGAUGCGACAUCAAAUGAUUUCAAAGAUAAGCCAGAUAUUAAUACACGUAUUCCUAAAAUGUCGAAAGGAAAUGUCAAACUCGGAAGUCUGAAAAUAUCUCAACCAGAUAUCAAACCGCGAAACAGUAAAACAGUUCCAGUUAAACGAAAUUUCUCACAGCCUAUUAUAUCUGAAGAAAUCAUUUCUGAGCUAGAUAUGCAGCCUAGUACUUCUAAAGCUGCUAAGCUAAAAACUUCUGAGCCAGAGUUAGAUAUGCAGCCUAGUACUUCUAAAGCUGCUAAGCUUUAUACUAAUUCAAGUACUAAGGUUACUAAGCCAAGAACUUCUGAACCAAACAGAAAACCUAAUCCAAAAACUGCGCAGUCAAAGCUCUGCAAUUCUAAUAUUACGGAAUCAGAAGUAAAAUCUCCAAAUUAUCAAAUGUUGGCACAGGAAGAGGACCGCAAAUCAAUAAGCGAAGAAGAUUUUGGAUCAUCCGUAUGCAAUAUUACUGAACCCGAUGCGAAAUUAAAUUAUUUCAAAGUUGUCAAACCAGAUAAUAAUACAUGUAUUCCUAAAAUGUCGAAAGCAAAUGGCGAACUCGGAAAUCUGAAAAUAUCUCAACCAAAUCUAAAACCGCGCAACUGUAAAAUGCCUGAUCCAGUUAAACGAAGUUUCACACAGCCUAUUAUAUCUGAACCGAACAUUUCUGAGCUAGAUAUGCAGCCGAGUACUUCUAAAGCUGCUAAGCUAAAAACUUCUGAGCCAGAGUUAGAUAUGCAGCCUAGUACUUCUAAAGCUGCUAGGCUUACUAAGCCAAGAAGUUCUGAACCAAACAGAAAACCUAAUCCGAAAUCUGCGCAGUCAAAACUCUGUAAUUCUAAUAUUACUGAAUCAGAAGUAAAAUCUCCAAAUUUUCAAAAGUUGGCACAGCAAGAGCCCCGAAAAACAAUAAGCAAGCAAGAUUCUAUAUCGUCCGUAUGCAAUAUUACUGUACUUGAUGCGAAAUUUAAUGAUUUCAAUGUUGUUCAACCAGAUAUUAAUACAGGUAUUCCUAAAAUGUCGGAAGCAAAUGCCGAACUCGGCAAUCUGAAAAUAUCCGAACAAGAUGUAAAUUCCUUACAGCCUAUUAUAUCUGAACCAAACGCUUCCGAGCUAAAUAUGCAGCCUAGUACUUCUAAAGCUGCUAAGCUAAAUAUUAAUACAAGUACCUCUAAAGUUGCCAAGCCAAAAACUUCUGAAGCAAACAUAAAGCCUCCGAAUCCGAAAACUGCUCAAUUAAAGCCCGGGUCCUCGAAACCAUUGAACGAACAAGUAAAAUCCAAGGUCCCAAAACGUAAAAAUGAUGCUGAAAAUAAAGAUCCUAAGAGUACGACAGUGCAACAAUUUAAAAUUCCGAAGCUUGGGGAAAAUAUACCGGAGGAAAAAUCGACGCCGAUAAAAGCUGAAGCAACUAAAAGCGCUGAUAAUUGUCGGAUAAAUCCUAACCACUCUGAGCCGGUGAGCGGAAGUCAACGUUUACAGGAAGUGUAUCAGACGCCAAACUUUCAGAAUUUUCAAUACCCCUACUCGUCGAGGAGCUUUUACCCCUAUCAGAGGUUCCAUCCAACGCAGCCAUCAGGCAGUCAGUAUAAUAUGAACCCACCAAUGAGAAUGAUUCAGCCCAUGUACGCAGCAGCGGAACCGUCUUAUCAGAGGGCAUAUCCAAUGCAACGAUUUCAACCAUAUCACAUUAACCAAUCUAUGAGACCCAAUUACUCCUAUCAAGGGGAGCCGUCUCCCAGAAACCAUCCGAUGGGUAUUCAUUAUCAGAACUAUAACUCGCCCUACCCGAUGAGAAGUGAUUUGUACCGUCCGAACUAUCCCAUUAAUUAUGCUCAACAACCUUUAUAUUCUGCAAGAAGUAUGCAACCGAGGAGUGCGCAAGGGAAUCAUCCACUAAAUAUGUUACCUUCCCGUCAAUCUAUCAAUCCAAUGACCACUGAUCACGCUCAAAAGAAUGAAAUUGCGACGAAUGAACAGAGCACAUCUGGACCGAUCCAAAAAAUCAGAAGUGCAUUCGCAGGUCGGAAGUACAGGACUCUCAAGGAUCUCAGGGACCGAACUAAGUUGUCGAAAGAUUGUUUGCGUAAUACCUUAAAGCGGAUUGCCAAAAUCAAGCGUCCCAAAUGGCGCAUCAGCAAGUUUUAUCUGGAGGCCUACGGUGCUGAAGUUUCGGGUCUUUCCCCAAGCUCCGAAGAAAAUGAACCGUUGGAACUAAACUCUUCCUAUCGCAAGGUGAUUAGCUGCUAUGAGGAAUACAAGUUUCUACGCAUCGAGUCUUUAAUGCAAAAAACUGGGUUUCGUAAAGGCAAACUAAGGCGAGUUCUGAAGAUGAUCGGAAGAAAGCGGUCCACGAAAUGGCGUCUUCUCUCUUAUAGGAAGCCACUUAUUCACCACCAUCGAGGACACAAGAAAUUGAUGUAGUCUUUUAUAUAUAGAAUCGCCCGACUAAAUAAUGUUACGUCAAAAAUUUAUGAAUAAUCUACAUAUACAUGUUACACAAUUUAUGAAGAAUCUACACUUAUAAAUGAAUUGCCUGGGUAAAUAAUGUUACGCAAUUAAUGAAGAAACUACAAUUACAUAAUGAAUCGUCUGGCUACAAAUUUAUAAUUGUUCUUAUAAAACAUUCCAUUAAAAACACCUAUGCCACAACUUAUUCAUGCAUCUUUUAUAAAAAUUGUAGAUAAAAAAUGUCUUUGA